AUGCAAGCUGUGGACCGCUUGGCAGGACAGGAUGGAAUGUCAAAAUCGGCGCUGGAGAAUGUCAUCGCAAUCUUGUCCUUUUCUCCAACGGCCUUUGGCAUUUUCUUUCUCAUGACUUCCAGGGAUACAACGAAAUAUGAGGACCAGAAUGGCACCUCUGGAGUCAUGGCAGGGUUAAUGUGCCUUGCCUACGGCCUUUGCGCAGGUGCAGCUUCCAGCAGCUGUCCCGCAGACUUUUGCAAGGCCUUGGUCUUGGGCCGGAUGGGGCUCGGGGUCGUUGCCAUGCUGGCAGGCAUCUUCAUCCUGGCUCUGGGAGAUGAGACGGAUGAAGUCUUGAAGUUCGUGCUGAUGUACCUUUUCCUCGCCUUGAUGACAGUGCCCGAAGCCGGCAGCUUUUACCUUUACGUCAGACAGGUGCAGAUCGAGAAAUUCAUGGCACAAAACUCUGAACCCCAGUGGCAGGGAAACCAUCCUGCAAUGCCGGCUGCUCACUCCAUGCAGCAUACAUACGUCCAGCCAUGGCCUCCCGGUCCAGUGAACGUCCCUCAGUUUUCGGGUGGCGACUUUGGUGUUGGAGGUGGAGGUGGUGUUGCGCAGGGUGGAGACUUUGGGCUCAGUGCCCCAAGUUCUGGUCCGGUAAUGAGUUCAGCAGCUCCGCCGCAAUAUGUUCCUUAUCGGCCAGGAGCUUAA